AUCGGGGAACUGCUUCAAAAAUUCGAGCCAGCCAAUCAUCGGCUGGAACGGCACCGUCGAUUCUGGACUCCACCGAUGCAGGAGAUCUUCGGGUACGUCCACUUACUCCUGAUUCAUGACCCAUCCAUGCGCAAACAACCGCUUUGCCCACACCCUGACAUGUACCCCGAGGAUCCUCAACUGAUGUUUGGCUUGGUUUGGAGUGGGCUGGGGUGGCCUGAGUGGCAGCUAUAUAAUGGGUGAACAGCACACACCUGCCGGCUGCUCUUUUCGCACGGUACCAUUCACAUCUUGGACAUCCCUACCUACUUUCCCUUCCAUCCUUCGGCUGAUCACAAUGGUGUUCUACAAUACUUAUCCUGGUUUCCUGUAUCGCCAGUUCCUAGUCUGCCCCGCCAAAGCUCCGUCUUCCACUUCCCUUCGCGGCAAAGCGGGCAUUGUCACGGGCUCCAAUACUGGACUGGGCUACCAUGCUUCAGCUCAGUUGCUGGGCCUUGGGUUAUCGCAUCUGAUCCUGGCAGUCCGCAGCAGCUCCAAGGGCGAAGCCGCCCGCAAAUCCCUCCUGGCAUCGCUGCCCGCCUCUGCCAAAGCCCCCGUGGUCGAGGUGUGGGAGCUGGAUCUCGGCAGCUAUGCCAGUGUGCUCUCCUUUGUCGAACGCCUGAAACAGUCGGGGCUGCACAUCGACUUUGCCCUUUUGAAUGCAGGAGUGGCCAAUUUCAACUUUACGGUGAACCAGGCGACCUCACACGAGACCAGUAUUCAGGUCAAUUGGCUCAGUACAGCACUGUUGACCUUGCAGCUGCUCCCGAUCCUCGACAACCAGGCCGCUCAGAAUCUGAACCGCCCUCGCCCGGUGAUCUCGAUCGUGGGCAGCGAAACCGCCGCCUGGGCCAAAUUCAAGGAGGCCCAGAUCGCCCGGAGUCAGCGAUGUUCUCUGAUCCAGGUCUUGGAUGACCCCAAGCACUUCAACAUGGGCGAUCGAUACUAUACUUCGAAGCUGCUCUACCAGCUGUUCUUCCUAGAGCUGUUCCAACAUCGAUCCACCGGCAAACGCUCCACGGGGGCCAUUCUCAACUUGGUGAACCCCGGCUUCUGCUAUGGCUCAGAACUGCAUCGCACGGCUGAAGGCGCAUUUGGCAAGAUUUUGGGGGGAAUGAAGAGGGUGAUCGGUCGAUCGGUGUCGAUGGGGGCUCGAACUCUGGUUCAUUCUGCGGUGUUGGCCGGGGAGCCCUCUAAUGGCCGUUACCUGAGUGACAACAAGGCGGCUCCUUUUGCAGGCUACGGGGAUAGUGACGCGGGGCGAUUCACUCAGGACCAGGUCUGGGAUGAGACGAUCUUGGAGCUGAAGCAAAUUGUGGACCUGAAUGAGCUAGUGUCGCAGAUUUGAUCCUAUUUGCUGUUGUUGUUGGUGGUGGUGUUGUUUUCCUCUUUCUUUCCUCUUCUCAUUUCUUUGCCGGUUUAUCUAGCAGUCACUCAGUGUUAGGGUUGCAGUAAAUCAAGUGAUGAUGCACGGAGUACUCUGUAGUCAGCUAACUUACUGGGAGAACGAGUCAGGGGGCUGACUACGGCGGACGAUUGCAGCCAUCGGGCAAAUAAGUUUUUGCUUAGUGUUUUGCCGGCAGAAUUAAUUCAUCUUCUAAAU